GCAGGAAGGUGGGAGGAGAGGGUGCCCCUACAAAUCCCGGGGGCUGGAGUGGGCCAGGGCAUCUUUGGGUGGUGGUGUGCAGAGGAAGUGACCUGCAGGCGACGAGUCCCAGUCACCAGCAGCCAUGACGGACCAGCAGGCUGAGGCCCGGUCCUACCUCAGCGAGGAGAUGAUUGCUGAGUUCAAGGCCGCCUUUGACAUGUUCGAUGCUGAUGGUGGUGGGGACAUCAGCGUCAAGGAGUUGGGCACGGUGAUGAGGAUGCUGGGCCAGACACCCACCAAGGAGGAGCUGGAUGCCAUCAUUGAGGAGGUGGAUGAGGACGGCAGCGGCACCAUCGACUUCGAGGAGUUCUUGGUCAUGAUGGUGCGCCAGAUGAAAGAGGAUGCGAAGGGGAAGAGCGAGGAGGAGCUGGCUGAGUGUUUCCGCAUCUUCGACAGGAACGCGGACGGCUACAUCGACCCCGAGGAGCUGGCUGAGAUUUUCAGGGCCUCCGGAGAGCAUGUGACAGACGAGGAGAUCGAAUCCCUGAUGAAAGACGGGGACAAGAACAACGACGGCCGCAUCGAUUUCGACGAGUUCCUGAAGAUGAUGGAGGGCGUGCAGUAAGGAGUCGUCCCUUGCCGCCGCGGAGACCGCGCGUCCCUGGGGCGUGGGCGGCUCGGCCCCGGCCUCGCCCAUUUCCCGACCCUGGGAGCGAGGCGCGGUUCCUUCUGGUUCUGCGUAUAGAAGGAAUAAAAGCAA